CUGAAAGCUCCAGUUCAUCUUCACCUCCACAGUUCUUUCCAUACUUCUCUUGAUUCUAUGUUUCAAAUAAUAAUACCUCAACACCAACCAGCCACUCUUUCUUUGAGUUUAAGCUUUGGUCUUCCCCCCAACCCCCCCUGCCUUCAUCAAAACCUGCUCACCCCUUUCUUCUUUGUAAUUAAUGUUUCGUAUCCACCCAUUGGUUGGUCGGGUUGAAAAUUGAAGGUAUUCAUGGCCAGUCAAGCAGACUUGUCUGUUAAUAACAUGUCCUUGGAGAUUAGGAAAAAGAAGCUCAGUGGACAGCAAAAGAAAGAGGUGCUUGAAAGAGAGAUCUCUAUGCUUCAGAAAAUGCUAAAUCAAGAAGAAAAGAUGCAUGAGAUUCUAACACGAGUACAUCAUCAAGAGGCUGGCUCUUCCAUCUCCAUCCCCAAUUUCCUCCCUCCAAAGACGAAGGAGCUGUUAGCAGAGCUGGCUAUGGUUGAGGGUGAGAUAGCUCGUUUAGAAAGCCAAAUAAGCCAACUUCGACUUGAUCUAAAACAGGAAAAGGAAGCUACCAAGGCAAAACAAUGGCAACCUGGGAGUCUAAUGUCUUACCUUCAAGGCCAUCCAUCCACUACAUCUAACCCAAACCCCAUUAAGCAAGGUGGUCAGGAAAAGGUGGUUUUUGAGACAAAAGCUUUGCAUUUCAUUAGCAAAGCUAUUAAAGGGGAUUAUACUCUUAGCGACUUCAGUCUGAACGAGAGAAUGGACUCAAGAUUACUUUCUGAGCAGAAAGAAAACCAGUUCCAGGGAGAGGUUAAAUUUCAAGAGAGGGUUCCUAGGAAAAGCAGUUUGUUGAAGGCAGCUUCGCCUUUACGAGACCCUCGGCAUCCAUCGCCCAAGCUAAGGGAACGUAUUCCAGAGUCGAACUGGGACCUCCCGCCGAAAUCUCUAUCGAGUACACUGCUUUCAGAAGAGAGCAACCAGAAUUGGCAUCCCAACAAGCUAUCUGAGAAUAUCAUGAAAUGUUUGAACUUUAUUUUUGUCAGGCUACUUAGAACAUCAAGAGCAAUGGAACUGGAGAAAUCAGGCCCUAUUACCAGGUUUAUGAGCACUCCCUUAAGCUCAAGAAGCUUUAGGGUGGAAAGUACUCUAAAUCCAAAGUCAAGCCUUGGGUCACAGAAAGAAUCGAGGCAACAAGACCCCUAUGGUAUCUUCGACAUGGAAGAGUCUAUUCCAAGGGACAUUGGCCCUUACAAGAACCUGGUCAUAUUCGCAUCAAACUCUAUGGACCCCAAAUGCAUUUCAAGUUCUAUUCCUUUACUUAAAAAGCUAAGGGUGCUGAUGAGCAAUCUCCAGAAAGUGGACCUGAGAUCGUUGACUUACCAGCAAAAAUUAGCAUUCUGGAUCAACAUGUACAAUGCCUGCAUCAUGCAUGGAUAUCUCCAAUAUGGUGUGCCUAAUACCCCAGAAAAGUUUUUGACACUGAUGAACAAGGCAACUCUCAACGUUGGAGGCAACACAAUAAGUGCGCAAGCAAUGGAGCACUAUAUUCUGAGGAAACCAGCAUCUUCAAACAUGAAAGAGGCUUAUCAGAAGGAUGACAAGGAUGAUCAAGAAGCCAUUGUCCGCAAACUUUAUGGACUCCAAUUGAUGGAUCCGAAUGUCACAUUUGCCCUGAGCUGCGGAACUCGGUCUUCUCCUGCAGUAAGUUUGGGUAUUAAUUUUGGAACUCUUUCUGUGGCAGAUGUACCUGAUCCAAAGAAACUCUUGAAUAAAUUUCCGUGGCAGGUGAGAAUAUACACGGCUGAUGGAGUUGCAGCUGAACUGGAGAAAUCAAAAUUAGAAUACUUGCAAGCUUCAAUUGCGGUGACCAACACAAAAAAGAUUGCACUCCCUGAGCUUCUGCUUCGAAACAUGUUUGAUUUUUCAGUUGAUAUGACCUCAUUGGUCCAGUGGGUUUGUCAGCAGUUACCCACAUCUGGUUCACUAAGGAAAUCAAUGGUGGACUGCUUCAGGAGCCACAAUAGUGGCAAGGUAUCCAUCACUGUGGAGAAAAUACCAUAUGACUUCGAAUUCCAAUAUCUGUUGGCAAUGUAAACAAGAUUGUUUUCCAAUUUUCCUUUGUUUGUCAUGAAAGAAAAUAUGAAAUUAAAUAAGAGAAAAUGAACAAACAGCUUAAAUAAUAAGAAAAAAGAGAAUCAAUUUCUUUA